AUGAUCCUGGAGGACUCACGUCGAGCUGAUGGUGGUGAUGAUGGAGGGAAGAGAGCGGACGGGUUGGAGGAGGAGGGGCUGAUCCAUUCACUUUUCUCUCUAAUUAAAGCCUCAGAUAACUGGAGGCAGAGCGAGGAGCUGAAAGCUUCAGGAUCUCCUCCGGAGGAGAAGUCGUCUCUCCACAGGUAUCUGGGGAUCUGUCAUCCAAUGAGGACCAUCACACUGGAAAGUAAGCGGGUGGUGAAGGGGAUCUGCGCAUUAGUUUGGGUGGUGGUCUUCAUUCUCACCUGCCCCAUCUUCAGGUUCGCCCAGACCGGAUAUGUGAGGCGUAGAGCUGGUGAGGCUGUUGAGCCUGGAGAAGGGAGCGAUUAUGGGAACAGAACUGGAGACCAGGUCGGCGAGGAGUACAUAAACUGCUGGGAUGAUGCCAUAGAUAAGGAGUUUGCAGACUACGUCCCAUAUGGCAUUGUUCUCCACCUUCUAGGUUUCUUUGUGCCCUUUGUCAUCAUUGCCUGGUGCUACUCCCAUGUGGUCCGGACAAUAUUUCAGACCCUGCGCUCUCCUCCCAGUUCAAUAGAGGGUGGCGAGGAUGGACCAGUGGGUGACGGGUCUGUGGAAGGAGUUCGAGGGCGCGAGAGAACCUCCGUCUCUAUUUCUGGCUCACAGUACUCACACUACAUCCGCCGGCGGCGGAAAUCCAUUAAAACCAUUGUCACUAUCACACUGCUGUUUGCACUCUGCUUCCUACCCUUCCAUGUGACUCGCACGCUCUUCCUGCUCCUGCGGCGGGGACAGCUCGGCGGCUGCAAUGCCAUGAAGACCGUCUCCAUCUGCUACAAGGUCACCAGACCUUUGGCCUCCUGCAAUGCAUGGCUCAAUGCUCUGCUCUACUUCCUCACGGGCGAUAAAGGUGGCCCCAGCUGCUGGCCAGCCGAACGCACCGUCCAUCGAGACCGCCGGAACGGCUCCCUCUGGUGGCCGCUGAAGAUCCUCAAAAGAGAUGGAGUGGGAGAAGACGAUCACGAGGUGGCCGAGAGGGUUGAAAGGGAGGUGCACAUAGAGAACGAGUCCAAGUCCUCCAGAGUUAUCUUCUAG